CAAAAUUUAAAAAGUCGAGCAAGUUAGCUUUAAUAAUUUGAUAUAUUUAAGGCUUAAUGUUUUUUUGAGAGCGUCAGGCAGAACCAGCGAAUGUAGUUUUCGCGAUACUUGGCUCUGGAGGAAACGUGUGAAGUUAUUCAUUGGAAUAUUGCAUCAUGACAAACGAGGAUGAGAAGGUCAUUCCGGUGCGAGUUGCCUUACGAUGUCGCCCACUAGUACCAAAAGAAAUCAACGAGGGAUGUCAGUCCUGCCUCACUUUCGUCCCUGGGGAGCCACAGGUGAUUGUUGGCACAGAGAAGGCAUUCACUUAUGAUUAUGUAUUUGAGCCCACUGCUGAACAAGAAGAAGUCUUCAGUACAGCGGUUUCCCCAUUAUUGUCUGGGCUUUUCAAAGGCUACCAUGCCACAGUUCUUGCCUAUGGACAGACGGGAUCUGGAAAGACCUUUUCGAUGGGAGGAACAUAUACAACAGCUCAAGAAAACGAGCCAUCCGUUGGAGUUAUUCCUCGAGUUAUCAGGUGCAUCUUUGCAGAAAAGGACCAAAGGACAGACUGUGAAUUCUGUCUGGUAGUGUCUUACCUGGAGAUUUAUAAUGAAGAAAUAUUGGACUUGCUGUGUUCAUCCAAAGACAAACCUGCUAUCAGCAUUCGGGAAGACCCUAAAGAAGGCAUCAAGAUUGUCGGCUUAACUGAGAAGCAGGUAUUUUCUGCCCCUGAGAUGGUGAGCUGUCUGGAGCUUGGAAACUCUGCUCGUACCGUGGGCUCCACAGCCAUGAAUGCCGCCUCUUCACGUUCCCAUGCUAUCUUCACCAUCACACUGGAACAGCGCAGAGGGACAGAUAAGGCCGAUUCAGUUGUUUCAAAGUUGCAUCUUGUGGAUCUGGCUGGAUCCGAGAGACAAAAGAAAACCAAAGCAGAAGGAGAUCGUUUAAAGGAAGGUAUCAGCAUCAAUCGUGGCCUUUUGUCUUUGGGAAAUGUGAUCAGUGCUUUGGGGGAUGAAAGCAAGAAAAACACCUUUGUUCCUUACAGAGACUCUAAGCUCACCCGCCUGCUGCAAGAUUCUCUGGGAGGCAACAGCCACACUUUGAUGAUUGCUUGCGUCAGUCCUGCAGACUCCAACAUGGAGGAAACCAUCAACACGCUGCGAUAUGCUGACAGAGCUCGCAAGAUUAAAAAUAAACCAGUUGUCAACAUCGACCCCAGAGCUGCAGAAAUGAACCGCUUGAAACAACAGGUCCAAGAGCUGCAGGUGAUGCUACUUCAUGCACGUGGAGGAGUAGCUCCGGUGCUCUCUGGGUCAGAGAGUGCGGAGAACGUGACUAAGCUGCUGGAACGAAACCGCGCUCUGCAGGAUGAGAACAAUAAGCUGUGCAGAGAGCUGAGUGAGGCAGCUGGACAGACAGCCCAUAUGUUUGAGAAGAUCAUUAUGACGGAGCAAGCAAAUGAGAAACUGCAAAGCAAGCUGGAGCAACUGCGGCACCAUGCAGCAUGUACUGUAGAUCUGGAGAAAGUGAUGAAAACACUGGAGGACCAGGAACUCAAGGAGAAUGUUGAAGUGAUGAAGAAUCUGCAAAACAUCAUCUUGGAGCUCAAAAAUGAGAGUGCGGGCAUCGCCGCCUCCAUUGAUGCAGUGGCUGCAGGAGAGGAUUUACCUGAAGUGUCUGGGAAUGGCAAUAAAUGUUCACCAGAGGGAUCCCCAUCAGAUGCCACUGCCUUCACAGCCCAUCAUGCAUUGCGGCAAGCCCAGCUCUCCAAGGAGCUGAUUGAGCUUAACAAAGUCUUAAGCCUGAAAGAAGCAUUUGUUAAAAAAAUGUGCCAAAAUGACAGCCAGCUGGAGCCGAUGCAAUCUGAGCACCAGAAAAAUGUACAAACUCUACAGUCUGCUGUGGAUUCACUGCAGAAGGAGAAAGAGGAACUCGUUUUGGCACUUCAGUCUGCAAAGAAAGACACCAACCAGGCUAAGCUCAGCGAGCAACGGAGGAAGAGACUGCAGGAGCUUGAGAGCCAGCUGGUAGACAUGAAGAAGAAACUUCUUGAGCAGUCCAAACUGUUGAAACUCAAAGAGUCGUCUGUUCAGAAAGUUAGCAAGCUCAUGGAGGAAAUACAGGCUAUGAAGACCCAACGUACACAGCUAAUGCGGCAGAUGAGAGAGGACUCUGAGAAAUUCAGGCAGUGGAAGAACAAAAAGGACAGGGAGGUACUGCAGCUGAAGGAGAAGGAUCGUAAACGCCAGUAUGAGCUGCUUAAACUGGAGAGAGAUUUUCAGAAACAAGCCAACGUCCUGCGUCGUAAAACUGAAGAGGCUGCAGCUGCAAACAAGAGAUUAAAAGAUGCUCUACAGAAGAGAAGUGAGGUAGCAGAGAAGCGCAAAGAUGCCCAGAACAAAGGCAUGGAGGGAGCAGCUGUGAGAGUGAAGACAUGGCUUCUCAACGACGUGGAGGUGAUGGUUAGCACAGAGGAGGCCCGGCGCCAUCUCAAUGAUCUUCUGGAGGACAGGAAGGUUUUGGCUCAGGAGAUCAACCACCUCAAACAGCAGCUGGAGGCUGGGGAGAGGCCGGCUCCCAAAAUCAGGCGUCGGACACUGAUCAUAUCUGAACUGGAGAGCCAGGGGGCGCUGGAAACCCCUCUGACGAAACAGGUGGAGAACCUGGAGACAGAAAUUGGCCUCAGGAAUGCCCAGAUAGCAGACCUGCAGCAGAAAGUUCUUGCUGCAGACAGUGAGGGACGUUUUAAGCAACGCAUAGACAGCAUCACCAGUAUAGCUGAGGCCAAGUGUGCCCUCAAGGUCCUGAUAUCAGAGUUGAUUUCUGCUAAAACGGCCCAUGCCAAGCUGGAGAGUGAGGUGACACAGGAAAAGGCAAAUACACAAGAUUUAAGGAAGAUGCUGGCUGAAGAAAGAAGUGUCAUGUCCACCAUGGACAUGGAGCACCAGCAGCAGCUGGUUGAACUCGAGCAGAGGCAUCAAGAGAAGGUUCUUUACCUCCUUAACCAGCUCCAGAACAAACCCAUCGGUGAAGAUUCAGACGAAACAAACCAAACCAUCAAGGAGAGUUCAAAGGAGAAGGAGCUCCUGCAGCGCCUCAAAGUUCAGGAGGAAGAGCUUGAAAAGCUACGGGAAUUAAGCGAGCAGAACCAGAAACUGGUGGAGCAGAAUGAAGAGUACAGACGGAAACUCUCAUUGGUGCACCUGGCAAGUGAGAAGAAAAUCCUUGUCCCUAAAACCAACAAAGAAAACAACCCAGAUGACUCGUUUGAGUACGUCCCUCCAAAGCCUAAAUCAAGGCGCUUUACCACAGCUAAAGCGCAGCUGAAUACGGCCAUCAACAUUGAAGAGCUGAUGUCACCCAGUGAGGACGAAAACGAGGAGGAAACAGAAGAGUGGCGCCCUGAGAAACAGGAGAGAGGACGCAGAGUCUCAAAGAAACCGAAACAAACCGGGUGUGCGUGUAAAGGUCGCUGCAGCAACAAGCAGUGCAGGUGUCGCAAAGGGAAGAUGACAUGUGGGGAGAACUGCCAAUGUGAUCACGAGAAGUGUCGAAAUAUGGAUAACCAGGUGCCUGCUGAGGAUGCAAGCUCCACAGAAAGCGCUUCCCGAGACUCUCCAUCUCUUCAGGAUUCCAGUCCAGGCAACAAUACGUUCUUCAAGCCGCCGUCUUGCACUCCCACAAAAAAGGUACUAAAAGAAAUCGGAGAUAUGGGACACACCACCGCAGACUUGAAGGUGGCAGAGGAAGAGCAGGAGGACAACGAUGAUGAAGAGGACAAAACAACAGUCAGCUUCCUCAAGAAGAAGAAACGACUCCUGACGAGUUUCCAGAACAGUUUUUUCUCGGGAUGCACUCCAAUCACAGAGGAGUCCUAAUCUGGACAUUAGCUGUCAAUGUUUUUUAGAUGAAUGUUGUCCGUGCGUUUAAGUCUUUCUGUUUAUAUGUUACUAACGUGUUACUUGAAAGUAGCUAUUGACACUUCAGUUUCAGUAGAUGCUGAUCAAAGAACUGUGAAUAGCACUCACAGUGAUUCACAAUGACACGAUCAAACUGUACAUAACUCAUUUAUCCCCCCAAAUGAUAAUAAACUCACUUUUCUAACACAUUAAACCAGUUGUCACUACAGGUGCAUAACAUCUUCUUGGGGAUUAAAUUUUAGUCCUUUUUACUACUUAGUAUUCGCUGAAUAAAGUUUUGAAGUCUAUUCUUUCUUUUUUUUUACAGCAAAUUGUUUUUUCCUUUUUGCUCGUUUCUUUUUUUGUCUUUUGUAACUGAAAGGUAAUUUAUUUGAAUCCUUCUGGUAGGAUUAAUGUGGAACUUCUGAUUCAUUUCGUUGUUGUGUAGGUUAAA